CUCUAACUCUGCUCGAUUGGGCUGCAAAACUGCCAAAUAAUUCUUCAUCUUCUGCUCCGACGAUUGGGAUCAGCUAGCUAAUGGGGUUCCCGGCGCCGGUGUUCUCAGAGUGCGAGGUGCCCAGGUUGCUUCUCAACUUCGUCUUCCUGCUCGCCCGCCACCGCCGCCUCUCCUCCUGGCUGCUCCGCCUCGUCGGCGCUGGCGUCGACGACGAUCUCAGCUUUGACCACCCCACUACCUCCGGCAUCACCGACUACCACCGCCAUCACCGGGAGCAGUACGAUGAUUAUGAAGAACGCUGCAUCGAGGAGCUGGAGAAGCAUUCCCCAGCCAUGCGCUUCGACGCGCUCUCCGGCGCUGGAGACGUAGCUCUGCUGCUGCCGGAGGGGUGCGCGGUGUGCCUCGGCAACUUCCACGGCGCCGCGCACGUGCGCCGGCCGCGCGGGUGCAGGCACGUGUUCCACCGCGCCUGCCUCGACCGCUGGGCCGCACAUGGCCACAGCACCUGCCCGCUCUGCCGGGCGCCUCUCCUCCCGCCCUUCCUCCUGCCGCUGCCGCUUCCGGCGCCGUGAUUCCCGUGGGAUGUUGUUUGCAUAAUCAGGCGACUGCAGUAGCCGAAUCCUGACUCCUGAGCAGAGUGUUCGGAAUUUAUCGCUUUCGGUUGGGUUUUUCUGGAAACGAACUCAACCACAGACAGCAUGGCCCAAGGAGAUACGGAAGGAGGUUGAAAUAUUUUCUGAUCAUGGUUCUUAAUUGAGAUUCGAUUUGAUCCUUCAAAGAGAUUAUCACAAAACAGGCCCCGGAGAAGGGGAUCAGUUCCUUGUUCAAGCCUAGGGCAUACAUAGGAAGUAGAUAGAGGGGCGAAUCUGAAUGUAUGUAGAGGUGCUUGAGAAAAGUUUUCUCCUCUACUCACUUUUAGUCUCCUUUUCUUCUUGCUAAGAUUUUAGCAAUAUCAUUAUUUUUCAUCUUU